GGCGCCUGAGCGCAGGUCCCGCCGUCGCAGCCCGGCCUGCGAACGCCGGGGUACGCGCAGAAACACACGCGGGUGUAUGUUUAAAGGUAGCAGUGCCUUCUGGGGGUCGCGGUGGUCUUCGCGGAGCGCGCCUCAGCUAGCUUCCAGGGAGCGGCGGGCUGGAGCCCGUCCUGCCUCGGGCGGGUGGUGACUUGUGGGCGGGGAGGCGCCCGCGGUCAAGGCGCUCUCUCCGGAAACGAGGAGGCGUGACCUGGCAUCCUCAGCCGGCCGCCCGAGGCGGAGUGGGGGACCCCUGAGGAGCGCGCCCACCCUCGCCUUGGAUUUGCCCCAGGUCGGGCCGCCUGUCUGGUGUCACAGCCUCGCGUCUUUCGUGUCUUGCCCUGUUGGCUUUUCCGCAGGGCCCAGCGCGGGACGCAGGCUCCCUGAAUUCGGUCAUUUUCUUCGUCUUGGAGGCCCUCACAAUUCCAGAAGGUGACUCUGAAACAGCAGUCAAGUUCCUUCAGCAACGAGGGAAGUAAUUCAUCUGAUCCUGAAGACUCCUAUGAACUUAUCUGCAAUAGCUAGGAAGUGAAAUCACGUGGAUGUUGGUGAGUCCCCCAUGGUAGCAGUUACUUCAUUUUGGUGGUUCAGAGUGAACUAGAACUUGGAAGCUUUCUUUAGAAUGAAGAGGAACAGUUUAUCUGUUGUGAAUAAAAUUGUCCAAUCGUCACCAGCAGUGAAACAGCCAAAACUUGGGUUCUACUCCUCUCUCAACCAAACUCAUAUGUACACUGUUCUUCUAGACUGGGGGAGUUUGCCUCACCAUGUAGUAUUACGCAUUUUUCAGUAUCUUCCUUUAAUAGAUCGGGCCCAGGCAUCUUCUGUAUGUAGGAGGUGGAAUGAAGUUUUUCAUAUUCCUGACCUUUGGAGAAAGCUUGAAUUUGAACUGAACCAGUCAGCUACUUCAUAUUUUAAGUUCACUCAUCCUGACCUCAUUCAGCAGAUCAUUAAAAAGCAUGCUGCCCAUCUCCAGUAUGUCAGCUUUAAGGUUGAUAGCAGUACUGAAUCAGCAGAAGCUGCCUGUGAUAUACUUUCUCAGCUGGUAAAUUGUUCUAUCCAGACUUUGGGCUUGAUUUCAACGGCCAACCCAAGUUUUAUGAAUGUGUCAAAGUCUCAUUUUGUGUCAGCACUUACAGUUGUUUUUGUCAACUCAAAAUCAUUGUCGUCAAUCAAAAUUGAAGACACACCGGUGGAUGAUCCUUCAUUGAAGAUUCUGGUGGCCAAUAAUAGUGAUACUCUAAGACUCCUAAAAAUGAGUAGCUGUCCUUAUGUCUCAUCUGAUGGAAUCCUUUGUGUAGCUGAUCAUUGUCAAGGCCUUAGAGAACUGGCAUUGAAUUAUUACAUUCUAAGUGAUGAACUUCUCCUGGCCCUUUCAAGUGAGACUCAUGUUAACCUUGAACAUCUUCGAAUUGAUGUUGUGAGUGAAAAUCCUGGAAAAAUUAAAUUUCAUUCUAUUAAAAAACAAAGUUGGGAUGCACUUAUUAAACACUCCCCUGGAGUUAAUGUUGUUAUGUACUUCUUUUUAUAUGAAGAGGAAUUUGAGACAUUCUUCAAAGAAGAAUCCCCUGUUACUCACCUUUAUUUUGGUCAGUCAGUAAGCAAAGCAAUUCUAGGAAGGGUAGGUCUUAACUGCCCACGACUAAUUGAGUUAGUGGUAUGUGCUAAUGGUCUUCAGACUCUUGAUAACGAACUUAUUUGUAUUGCUGAACACUGUAAAAACUUAACAGCCUUGGGCCUCAGUGAAUGUGAAGUUAGCUGCAGUGCGUUCAUUGAGUUUGUGAGACUGUAUGGGAGAAAGCUAACUCAGCUCUCUGUGAUGGAGGAAGUUCUGAUUCCAGAUGAUGAUUAUAGCCUAGAUAAAGUUCACACUGAAGUCUCCAAAUACUUGGGAAGAACGUGGUUUCCUGAUGUCAUGCCUCUCUGGUAAUUGGCUACCAAAGAUUCUUAACUAUUUUUUUAAGUCAAUAAGAUUAGCUUCUUUCUGUCUAUGCAAAUAUAAAUUUUAAGAUGUAUUGCUGAAAUAUUUUAGGUAAAAUAUUUUAUUGUUUGCAAACUGUCUUAACAGAUUGCAGCAGAAACAUUUGAAAAAAUAGGAGAAGUUUGAAAAGCCAGAAAUCUCUGUAAAUAAGGCACAGACACUGUAUUGUGGAUUAGAUAGUUGAUAUGCUAAAGACUACAGGUGGUUUCUAGAAAAGUUCCUCAGCCUUCCUUGAAGGCAUAUUUUAGUUUGCUUAAUAAAUUAAUAAUAUUGAGCUUUGGAUCCCUUAAAUUAUGUCAUUUACAACUUUAUAUUGUUUGAAUUGUUUUUGUUUCAUCUUAGUAUUAAUAUAUUUUACAAAAUAUUAGUAUUAAAAACCAGUAAAAUUAAAGUAUAGAUAUAGAGGUUGGCUUCAUCGUACUUCAUUUUUAGCACUGUAUAAGAUCGUAUUAUGAUUCAAUAAACAACUUCUAAUUUCCA